UCCUCCCCUAGCUAUCCAAUGGACUUUAACUCAAUCAGGCUCUGAAACAGGAGAGAAAACACACAGAACUAAGUGAUUCAGCACACAAUUUUCACAGUGACAAUUUUGACAUCGGUUUGCAAUAAUGAGUGUGAAACCCCUUGUUGUGAACGUGGACAAAUGGAUUGCAGAGAAUGAGAAGGCUUUUUUGCCACCAGUGUGCAAUAAACUCAUGCAUUUGUCACAGCUGAACAUCAUGUUUGUUGGAGGUCCCAACAGCAGAAAGGACUACCACAUAGAGGAAGGGGAGGAGCUCUUUUACCAGGUGAAAGGGGACAUGUGUCUGAAGUUGGUUGAGAAUGGCAAACAUAAGGAUGUGCAUAUCCGCGAGGGAGAGAUGUUUCUGCUCCCAGCUCGGAUCGCCCACUCCCCCCAGAGACAGGCUAACACUGUGGGGCUGGUGGUGGAGAGAAGGAGGCUUCAGUCAGAGACCGACUGUUUAAGGUACUAUGUGGACAACACUUCAGACACCCUUUUUGAGAGAUGGUUUAACUGUGAAAACCUGGGGACCCAGCUGGUGCCACUGAUUCAAGAGUUCUUUGCGUCGGAGCAGCACAGAACAGGCAAGCCAAACCCAGAUGAGGUCUUCAGACAGCCUCCCUUCCCCAUGAACACCAUGCAUGUGAUGACCCCCUUCCACUUUAGAGACUGGGUGGACAAACAGCAACCCUCACUGGCCAGUGGACGCCCCAUAGACAUGUUUGGUGCCCAGUUUGAGACAGAGACCCUUCUGUAUGGGCCCGGGCAGACAGAGGCUUGUGAACGAGAAACUGAUGUCUGGAUAUGGCAGCAGGAGGGAUCCUCCCAUGUGACUCUGGAUGGCCAAGAGUUCCCUCUAUCCACAGGAGACAGUCUACUCAUUCCUGGACACAGCCAGUACCAAUGGAGUCGGGCUGAGGGCAGCGUUUCCCUGUUUGUUGCUCAGAACCCAGAGAGAAAGCGUGCAUGACCUCUGAUGACCCCACUCUCUUCUGUGACACACAAGGAAAAAGGAGGGUCAGCAAAAGAGAUUGUAUGCUCUUUUGCUACAGAGAGAAUAAUUAUAACAAUGUCAUAAAUUACGUUGAAGAAUAACUCUGCAAGAACUCAAAGAUCAGAUAUGGAGAGGUAGAGUAAAACAGGGAGUAAAACUAUUUGUUAUUUUCAGAACAAAUUAUAAUAGAACAUCUUCACAAACGUAAUUUAAAUAAUAAACUUGAUUAAGUUGCGGUAUA